ACCCUAGCUUUACCAUUUCUUUUGAAAAUCUACCAAACCCUACUCUCUCUCUCUCUGUCUCUCAAGUCCGCACGCUCUACAAGCAAAAUGUCGUCGUCGACACACAGCCGGAAGUCGAAGAAGCUUCUAGAAUCCUCUCCAGCGGUGUCCAUGGAAUCUAAAACCGGCGAGGAAUGCCAGAUUCCGGCCGAAUCGUCAGACGCAAAGAGAUCGAAGUCUUCAAAGAAGACGAAGCGAUUGGAGGGGGAAAAGGAGCUGACAACAGAGAAAGCUCCAGCUCUGAAGACGAAGGUCGAGUCCGAGUGCCAGUUCAUCGGAGAAACCAUUCCGGCGGAGGAAGCGAGGAAAAGAUGGCCAGAAAGAUAUGUAAAGAAGAUGGCUGGUGAGGGUCUUUCCAAUACCCCAGGCGGUUUGUCAGUCACAUCGCCGAUGAUCCUGAAAGAUGAAGGAUUAGGUCUAGAAGAUGAAGAGGCGCCCAUUGGUACUAGUGCCUCACAGUUACAUAUUGGGGGAAAAGCGAAAAAAAGAUCGGUAGUGUGGGACGAUUUUGAAGAAGUAACCUUGAAAAACGGCACCGUGAAGAUACAAUGCAAGUACUGCAUGGCUCAAUAUGCUAAGCAAGCAGAUGGGUCGACCACAACUCUGAAAAAACAUAGUUUGAAGUGUCAUCAAAAAGUGAGAACUCAGACCUUAAGGCAACAGACACUUCCAUUUACCCAAUCUUUAGUUGGUCCAUCGCAAGGUACAUUGUCCAUCUACAAGUAUAACAAAGAGCAGGUGAAUGAGUGGACGACCAAAUUUAUUAUUACUGAUGAAAGACCAUUUCAGAUGGUAGAGAGUCCUACUUUUGUCGAAUUUGCCAGAUGCCUUAACCCCAGAUACGAGAAGGUCUCCCGUACAACAAUAAAGAGAGUGUGCAUGAAGAUGUAUGAAAGCGAGAAGCUCAAGUUAAAAGGACAGUUGGAAUCGAUUUCUCGAAUUAGCCUGACAUCAGAUUUGUGGACAGCAUCCAAUCAACGAAAGGGGUAUAUGUCACUAACUGCUCACUACGUUGAUGCCGAAUGGAAGCUCUGCAAGAGAAUCAUAAGCUUUCGUUAUCUUGCGCCUCCUCAUACUGGAUUGAUGAUUUCAAGUUGCAUGUACAAAUGUCUUGUGGAGUGGGGAAUUGAGAAGAAAAUUUCCACAAUAACUUUAGAUAAUGCCUCUGCAAAUGAUAGCAUGAUAAUGAAUUUGCUUAACCAGUUUAGGGCCACUGGUGACUUGUAUUUUGGUGGAAAGAUAUUUCAUGUUAGGUGUUGUACCCACAUCUUAAACUUGAUUGUACAAGAUUGCCUUAAAACAAUUGAGCCAAUGAUUGAGAACAUAAGAGAGAGUGUGAAGUACAUACGAGGGUCACCUUCACGAUUAUAUACAUGGAAUGAGAUGGUGAAGCAGUUGAAUUUGUCAACUCAGAGAACGAUGAAGCUGGAUGUCAUAACACGUUGGAAUUCAACUUUUGAAAUGUUGGAUUCAGCGAUAGCUUUCAGACAUGUAUUCUCUCACUAUGCGGAGCGUGAUAGUGUGUAUCUUUGGUUGCCUUCUGAAGAUGAUUGGUCAAGAGCUGAAUCAGUUCGCAAGUUCCUUUCAGUUUUUUACAACACAAUGAAGAAAUUUUCGGGAAGCAAGUAUUUAACAACAAAUAUAUUUUUGCCAGAACUUUGGAAGGUAAAAGAUGCCUUGCAUAAAAGCAGUAGUGGACCAGACUUUUUACAAUUACUAACCAUGGGCAUGCAGGUAAAGUUUGAUAAGUAUUGGUCUGAGUGUAGUUUGGUAAUGGCUAUUGCAGUCGUUCUUGAUCCUCGAUACAAGAUGAUCAUGGUUGAAUUCAUAUGUAGUAAGUUGUAUGGUGCGAUGAGUGCCCCUGAGGUCGAUAAAAUUCGUGAUGCAGUCAAUGAUUUGUACAAUUUUUAUGUGUGUGCCGCAAAAGACAAAUCUCCCCACGUGGGUUCUAGUUCUGCUAUUGAUGAACCGUCAGAAGAAACGGUAGAUGAUUUCAUGUCUUACGUCGCACAGCGGACUCAAAUGCAGACACCUGUAUCAGAACUUGAAAACUAUAUCAAAGAGCCACUUGUAAAAUUCAAAGACGAUGAAUUUGAUGUUUUGGACUGGUGGAAGAUGAAAUCUCGUGAUUCACAAUACCCUGUGCUCUCGUUAAUGGCACGAGACAUAUUAUCAAUUCCAAUUUCAACUGUGGCUUCAGAAGCUGUUUUUAGUACGAGGAGUAGGGUUGUAAACAAGUAUCGAAGCUCACUUACACCAGAAUCGGUUGAAGCACUCAUUUGUACACAGGAUUGGCUGCGUCCGAUAUGGGGGAAAGGGAACUCUGUUGAUGAUGAGUUCGAGGAAGAGGAGAGUGACAAGCAAGAUGAGACAAUGCCUGCAGGAUAAGACACUGCCUUCUAUUUCUCUUGCAUUUGCUUACAAGUUAUAUCAGGAUGUUUGUAAUUAUUUUUUUGAUGGCUUAAAAUGUAAUAUUUUAUGGGUAGAUGGAUAUUUAUCUCUUUUUAUUUGUAUUAUUCAAUCAGUUAAUGUUGCAUCUUAUAUUACAUGGUUGGGUAA